UUUCAAAUAAUUGAAACAUAAAACAUGGUUUAUAAAGUGAACUAAACUGGAAACUAACUCAACUGAAGAUUCGGAGGUUGAAGUUCUAUUCUUGCCUUGUUAAAAAAUGCAUGCAUAGUUAACGUAUCUUGUUAUAGAUAUUUAGAAUAACCAUGGCAGUAUUAUGGGAUAAUUAUUUUGGCUGUAUUGCCGCUAUGACAACUUUCAUUGCGGUGAACGUUUAUUCAGAUGGGCUGUCACCACCCCACUUCUCAUGCAGCUCCCGACCGGAUGGCCUGUGUCCUAGCUGCGACGGCCGGCCGGACUGCUUCGAUCUCUCAGACGAGAUCUCAUGUGACAACUGGCCCCGAACUGUGUUAGUUGGCAGGGCAUCGGACAAGUGCGAUGCGGUCCGUUUGGAGUGUUCAAGAGAAUUCCUCGUGCCGCCACCUAUCCCGCCCUUUCCGAUUUGCGACAAAAAAGACACAUCUACCCCCCAAAGAACUACUUCUGACCACAUUGCCACCAAAAGUACACCGAUUGCCACAUAUGGAACAACAAACUACGAUAGUCACUCGUGGAUAACGAGUCGACAGACGUUUCCACCCACUUUUACGAGGCGACCGACGUUUCCACCCACUUUUACGAGUCGACCGACGUUUCCACCCACCAGGUGGAUUUCACAAACUAGUAUAUUUGCAACACCGCAACAAUGGAACGAAUUAUUUUUAUGGUGGAUGCUUGAUUUAAUAAAAUAA